AUGAAUGUUUGCUGCGCCCUCCUGUGGCCGGACCUGCCCGAAGAGGUGGCUGCCCAGGUCAUGGAGUACGUUCGGUUUCACCCAACACUCUUCAGCAAGUUGAUGGACUGCUACGCAAAUGAGGAGGCCGCACUCUUCUCCGGCGUGGUGUUGCGAUCAUUCUUUCGCUAUGGGCAACUUGUUGAGACAUUUUUGACGAGUGGCAAGGCUUUCGAGCUCAUCAGCUAUGCUCGACAUCCCUGCAUUGAUGUCGCAGCCGACGCGAUCUACACUCUGCGAACAGCAAUGCUCGAGCACAAGGAGGUGUCUGGGCCUUGGCUUCUUGCCAACUACGAUGAGUUCUUUGCUUUGUACAAUCCACUUCUGCAGUGUCAGGAUUACGUCGUGGAGCGACAGGCGUUGACCCUACUUGCAGGAAUGCUGAUGGAUCGAAACUUCCAGAGGGUGAUGAUGAGCUAUGUCAGCAAUGAACAGCAUCUGAAGAUCAUCAUGAACCUGUUGCUGGCAGACUCCCAUGCCAUUCAAGCUGAGGCAUUUCAUGUGUUCAAGAUAUUUGUGGUGAAUCCGCACAAGCCACUACGAAUUCAGCAGAUCCUUGUGAAGAAUAAGGAUCGUCUUGUGGCACUUCUCCAAACGCUGCAUGCUCGGUCUGAUGAUGCAAGCUUCAGCGGUGAUCAGCAGAAGGUCAUCGGACGAUUGCUCGACAUGCAAGCGCCGCAAACCUUCCCGCGGUGCAAGCCCAUGGGAGGAACUCCGAGCUCCGUCCCAGUUGUUGGGCAAAUCCCUGCUCACUGCUUGUAA